AUGCAGCAAAUGCAAGCAAUGUCUGCGCAUGCCUAUGUUUUAGCGAACAAUAUUCGUAAAACAUUUUCAACAUCUGAAUUAAAUGCUAUAGUCUUACACUGGGGUGGUAAAUUGCUCCCUGAUUUAACUGGAAAACAAACUGUUGAUAGAUUGCCAAUUGUUAUAACUAAUAAUGGUAGUGAACAACUAUUAGGUGUGCCUAAGUUAUUACAAGGCACUUUGAAAGCUCAAGCAGAAGCUAUUUACCAAUACCUAGUUGAGUGGGGAUUAAUGGAUCACGUAAAAGCAAUGCGCUUUGAACACUGA